UGGCACAAAAGAAGCGCUCGCAGGCGAGCACAGGGACUGUCUGUCUCUUAUUACAUCAGGGGGGGGACACGUUUUGCACCUUGCGCGCCGUGUAAGAAGACUCACCAAGAGUCGGGAACACAUGGAAUUUGAGUUGUAGAAACUUACUUUUAGUUGCACCUGUAACUGCGGAGAACGGUCCAGUGAUGCGGAUGCGGUCAUUACGCUGCGGAGCUGUGCAAACCUCGAUGCUUGACUGUGAAUCGGGAAUUUAAAGGCGUUUUGUUUUUCGUUAAUUUCCCUCUUAUUUAUUGUCUGAACAGUCACAUGACGCAAAGUUUUGCUUGGAGUCCAGGUUGGUGAGACCGUGCGCCUGCCAAGUGGAGUCUAUUUGCUGAUCACUCGCAAGGAAACAUGAACGUCUCCUUCUUCGACGUGACCCAGGGCGCACUGUUUAACGGGAGUCAGACCCUCGCCGGAACUCUGGCCACAUACUACGGCAACGGCACCAGCAACGUAGUGACCGGCGACGGCGGAGGGUCGCUCGUGCUGCUGCAAGAGGAGCGCAAACUAUUUGUCAUGCGGGUGGUGCAGAUCGCGGUGCUGUGCGUGCUGUCGCUCACCGUCAUGUUCGGUAUAUUCUUCCUCGGGUGCAACCUGAUGAUCAAAUCGGAGAGCAUGAUUAACUUCCUGGUGAAGGACCGCAGACCCUCCAAAGACGUGGAGACGGUCAUGAUCGGCCUCAGCUAGAACAGGAAGAGCAGGUGCAGCGGGGAAGUGAUGGAGCGGGGAUUCGGGAUGAAGAUCAGGUGCGCAUUUCCAACCGCAGCUCAAGAUCUGCAUCUGCAUGUACUUCAGAGACGUUCCCUCUGAGCCCCGGUGAGGACAAAUAUGCAAAACCUUCACUUUUGCUUCCGAAAAUGACCACAGGAAACGGGUCCAGCGACAAAUGUCCGUGCGUAAAGUUUGUGCGUAAAAGACAGCCAAUUGUUUACACGUGGGCCGGUCUGUUGAAUCUUUGGAGUGAAUUUAAUAUUGCCAACUUGAACAAAGUGACGAAAUGUUUACAAGCUGUUACCUCAUUUUUUUGUGAAGUUAGUUCCCUUUGGUUUUGUAAAUUUGAAAUGAUUGUUAAUGAAUGUUUUUAAACUGUCAAAAAGCAUGAUUGUGAAUUCUUAUAGUUCCACGCAUCUGCCAGUGUUCUCCGUGGACUUGAUGGAUAUAUGGGUAAUCUCUAUACAAAGUAUUUUUCUCGGUCUCGUUUGGUAACUACUGAAAUCUUGCACGUUUUCCAACAGACUCCAUCUCAGCUUUAUGGAGUGAUUCUGGUCCUUCUUGGCAUGCUCGCUAAUUGAUCUGUAGUGAUUUUU